AUGACUUUUACACGAUUUAGUCGUCUUGUACCUGCAAACUACGCAGAUGGAUUUUAUGAACCUAGACUAGCAACAAGUGGCGAAAAUUUGCCAUUGGCUCGUGUUCUGAGUCGUAUUUUAAGUCCUGACAAAAAAAUAAGAGAUCCAAAACACACUGUAUUAUUUUUGCAAUGGGCCCAAGUUUCAGUACACGAUAUUGUUCAAUCGCAUGUUCGUGAAAAUACAAAUGAAACUAAUUGCUGUUCGAAUGAAGGAAAAUUAGUUCGCGAUCCUGCCAAAUAUCCACUUUGUUAUCCUGCUCUUGUACCAAAAGAUGAUCCCGAUUAUAAAAAGAGUGGUAUAGAAUGUUUUAAUCAAUUUCUUCGUCAACAUACUGACGUUUAUCGCGGAUGCACUCCACGUAAUGGAGUUCAAAAUCAGUUAACUGAAACUACUUCUUACAUUGAUCUUUCACUAGUCUAUGGGCGAACGGACGAAGAAGCGAACAGUUUACGAGAAUUUAGAGGUGGUAGAUUACUGGCAGAUAUUCGUCAAAAUAAAGAAUGGCCACCACGUAGUGAUACUUGUGUCGAGAAUGCAAAAGUUUGCUAUCGAACUGGAGACAAGCGAACAAAUCUUGGAAUUCAAUUGGCAUUUUUUGUCGUUACUUUACUUCGACAACAUAAUCGUAUGGCUCAAGAAUUAUCAGAAUUAAAUCCUCAUUGGGAUGAUGAGAAACUUUAUCAAGAAACGAAAAGAAUUUACAUUGCUAUAAGUCAACAUAUCACAUAUAACGAAUUGUUACCAAUAAUGUUAGGUGAAGAAUAUACUCAUCAUGAAAAAAUCACAUAUGACACAAUGAAUUAUGUAAAUGAUUAUAAUCCAUCUAUGGAUGCUAGUUCUUUAGGUGAACUCGUUGCUGCAGUUAUGAGAUCUUUUCACACUCUGCUCAGUCCAGAUUACAACCUAGUAAAUGAAAAUCGUGACCCUCCACAAGUAAGUGCAAACAUAAAUGAAUACUUCAAUAAUCCAAGUAUCAUCGAGAAGGAUGAUAAUUACGAUUGUGCAAUAAGAGGAUUUGCAACACAGCCACAAGAAGGAGCCGAUCAAUAUUAUGAUAAAAUGUAUACAACCGAGUUGAAUCUUGGGGAGAAUAUAACCAUAACAGAUGUUCGGGCAAUGGACAUUCAAAGAGGACGAGAUUUUGGACUCGGUACUUACAAUCAGUAUCGAGAAUUUUGUGGUUUUCCACGAGCUAAAAAAUGGAAAGAUUUCUUAGACUUUAUUCCCUUUGAUGUAAAUAUAUGA